UGGCGGACGAAGUUGAGUUCCUGCCAAGCAUUAUUAUCAGUAGUUUUUCACUGUCUACCACUUAGAAAUAUACACAAAGGAAACAAAGUUAGCUAAAGUACAUCUUAAUUAUCUGCAUUGUAUCAUGAAUGUGAUAAAGAGCAUCAAGAAGGUGCAAUUUUUCAAUAACCAUCUUGUUCAAGUUGUUGCUUCGAGCUCAAGACGAUAUUCCAAGGCCAGCAAUGGGUACGACUAUGACUUGGUUGUCAUUGGAGGCGGUUCUGGUGGUCUAGCUUGUUCAAAAGAAGCUGCAAGUUUUGGMAAGAAAGUUGCAGUUCUUGAUUAUGUGGAACCUUCUCCGCAAGGUAGUACUUGGGGUCUUGGAGGAACUUGUGUAAAUGUUGGUUGYAUCCCUAAAAAACUGAUGCAUCAUGCCUCAAUCCUUGGUGAUUCUCUCAGGGUUCCAGGAGCCAAGGAAUACUGCAUAUCAAGCGAUGACCUUUUCUCUUUGAAACAAGCACCUGGACGAACACUGGUGAUUGGUGCAUCUUAYGUGGCACUUGAAUGUGCUGGUUUUCUCACUGGUCUUGGCUUUGACUCGUCUGUCAUGAUGAGAUCCAUACCAUUACGUGGCUUUGACCAGAAUUCUAACAUGAAGGCUCUUGGUCUUGUUCGGUUCUCUCCCAGGUUGAUCUGGUACAGCAGCUUCUUUACAACAAAGCAUAAAACUCCAAACUUUCCGAGUGCCGUUUGGAAGUGCAUUGGGAAUUCCAGUAGAAGAAUGUYUUGUAUCAGUUCUAGUGGUAAUGAUGAUGGUUGUAGUGAAAGGAGAAAUGCUGGAGCCAAAGGUGCGAAAGGGUCUUCAAAAACAGUACAAUCUUCCUUAGAUAAUGGUUGUAAUACAACUUCAAGCCAGAAGGAGAGCACAACCUAUAGAGGAAGUUCAAAAAGAAAACAAGAUGCGGAUUUUUGGAGAUUUUUAGAUCGCGAGCAAGACACUCUCAAGAAAAAAGCCCGAAAUAAUGUGAAAUCUUCGAAAAGAAAGCAAAAACUCCCUCCAGGCGAAAAACCUCGACCAAAAGACCAACAAAGUCUUAGCAAAGAUGAUUUCCAGUCAAACAAUGAAAUUAAAUCCAAGAAAAAGCGAAAUGGCGUGGAUUCAUCUAAAAAUUUGCGAAAUGAAUUAAAAAAUUCUAUCAAAAUUGAAGACCAUCAUAUCAUUGACAUAAAUACGGACGCAGACGGCGAGAUUAUCAAUCUAGAAUGGUGCUAUGCUUAUGUUCGUCCAGGCCAAGCCCGAGCGCGAGGAGGUAAAGCCAAACUYCAYCACACAUGUAGAGUUUGUAGACGAACGUGUCUUCAUCUGAUAGGAAAGUAUGGCACAGGAGACAGGAAAUGUUUGGCUUGCGCCGCUGAGGAGCUGGGUUGGAAUAGUGAUGACGUACCACGAUGGUACUUCCAUGUAGCAUGCGGUCAUUGUAAACAGCGUCAAAUGGCCRACCUCGCAGUGUCUUACAUGGAGAGACACGGUACCAGGUUCCUUCGACAGUCUGUCCCUCUUGGUGUUGAGAAGAAUAACGCGGGAAACCUGAGCGUCACUUGGAAGAAUUUAUCCUCAGGGGAGGGUAGUAGGGAAGAGUUUGACACUGUUUUGAUGGCCAUUGGUCGCGACCCAUUGACCAGGAACCUGGGACUGGAAAACGCUGGUGUUCAAGUAAACCCCAAGACAAACUACAUCGUUGGAAUGAACAAUGAGCAAACGUCAGCAUCAAACAUCUACGCURUUGGUGACGUUCUGCAGGAUCGUCCUGAGCUAACACCAGUAGCGAUUAUGGCGGGAAAGCUUUUAGCGAAAAGAAUAUUCAAUCAAUCAGACGUACAUAUGGAUUACGAUAACGYASCAACGACAGUGUUCACWCCACUUGAGUACAGCACCGUUGGGCUUUCCGAAGAAGAUGCUAUAAAUAUACACGGAGAAGACAACUUAGAGAUUUAUCAUGCCUUUUACAAGCCAUUGGAAUAUACAGUAGC